CGGUACCACUCAGGAAUGUGGGAGGGCCUCAGCUCCAUAAAGCCUGUGUCAGGGUCCCAGGAUAUGGGGUGUAUGGGUCUCAUGCUGCCAGAGAGGCACUGCCCCAGCCACAACGCUGGGGUGGCUCCACCCAGCCUCUUCCUCCUGCCGUCUGUGCUGACUCACCACCAGGGCCAGGGCUUGUGCCCCAGAGCCCAGCCAGGCAUCUAUAAAAGCAGACUGGUUCAGGCCCCAGCAUCCUGCUUGAUCACCACCUGUCGCCGCACAAUGUUGGGAGGCCUGGGGAAGCUUGCCGCCGGGGGUCUGGCCCACCGCACCGAGAAGGCCACCGAGGAAGCUGUUGACUUCGUGGAGGGAGUGGUGAAGGAGGCGGUGGAGCCUGCCAAGGAGGCUGGAGAGAAUGCCGUUGCUGGAGCUUUAAAGAAGACCCAUGAGACAAGGGACAAAGUGGUAAAGGAAGUCACUGAGACGGUGACCAACACAGUCACAAAUGCUGUCACGCACGCAGCAGAAGGCCUGGGCAAACUGGGACAGUGAGCAUGCCUGCCACCAGCAGGCUCUUCCUGAAUCGCAAUAAAAAGCUGUGAAAUGUG